UUUAUAAGUGAAAAAUAAUAAUUAAUUAAUUAAAAAAAAGCGCACACACUCUGUCUCUCUCAGAUCCAAAUCUCUCUUCCUUCUCAUCUUCUCUUCUCUGAGAUCUCUAAAAUUAUAUAUCCGGAUCUUGAUCACCUUAUUCGGAUUCUCUUGAUUGAAUCCCCGGGUCACGUCGCAAUUUUUGACCAAGAGUUAACUUUCGUUCUCGGAUCUGAUUAAGCUUCCAGGAAAUUCUCGGAAACGGACCCAAUCAUGAAUUCGUUCUUUUCCGGUACGCGUCUUAGGGACAUGAUUCGGGCAAUACGGGCUUGUAAAACGGCGGCGGAGGAAAGAGCUGUUGUGAGAAAAGAAUGUGCUGCAAUUCGAACGUCGAUUAAUGAAAAUGAUCAAGAUUAUAGACACCGGAAUUUGGCAAAGCUUAUGUUUAUUCAUAUGCUUGGCUACCCAACACAUUUUGGUCAAAUGGAGUGCUUAAAGUUGAUUGCCUCCGCCGGAUUUCCUGAAAAGAGGAUCGGAUAUCUCGGCCUCAUGUUACUUCUUGAUGAAAGACAAGAAGUUCUAAUGCUCGUUACCAACUCGCUAAAACAAGAUCUUAAUCAUUCAAACCAGUAUAUUGUGGGACUUGCACUUUGUGCUUUGGGAAAUAUUUGUUCAGCAGAAAUGGCUCGUGAUCUUGCACCAGAAGUGGAAAGAUUGCUGCAAUUUCGGGAUCCAAAUAUUCGGAAAAAGGCUGCAUUAUGCUCUAUACGGAUUAUUAGGAAAGUCCCGGAUCUGGCAGAAAAUUUUAUAAAUCCUGCGGCUGCCUUACUAAAAGAGAAGCAUCAUGGAGUCUUAAUAACGGGAAUUCAACUCUGUACAGAUUUAUGUAAAGUCAGUCCGGAAGCCCUCGAGUUUUUGAGAAAGAAACACACAGAAGGGUUGGUCAGAACUUUAAAGGAUGUUGUUAACAGUCCAUAUGCACCGGAAUAUGACAUUGCCGGUAUCGCGGACCCUUUUCUCCAUGUCAGAUUGCUCAAACUUUUGCGUGCGUUGGGCCAAGGAGAUGCUGAUGCUAGUGAUGCCAUGAAUGACAUACUUGCUCAGGUGGCAACAAAAACUGAGUCAAACAAAAAUGCUGGAAAUGCUAUUCUAUAUGAAUGUGUUGAAACUAUCAUGAGCAUUGAAGAUAAUGGUGGCCUACGAGUGCUUGCUAUUAAUAUCCUGGGAAGAUUUUUGUCUAACCGUGACAAUAAUAUCAGAUAUGUUGCAUUAAACAUGCUGAUGAAGGCUAUUACUGUAGAUGCUCAAGCUGUACAAAGGCAUCGGGCAACAAUCUUGGAAUGUGUAAAGGAUUCAGAUGCUUCAAUCAGGAAAAGGGCCCUUGAACUUGUUUACGUUCUGGUGAACGAGACCAAUGUAAAACCUUUGACAAAAGAGCUAAUUGAUUAUCUGGAAGUAAGUGAUGAAGAAUUUAAAGGGGAUCUUACUGCCAAAAUUUGCUCCAUUGUUGAGAAGUUCUCCCCUGAGAAAAUUUGGUACAUUGAUCAGAUGCUCAAGGUUCUUGCUGAGGCUGGAAACUUUGUAAAAGAUGAAGUAUGGCAUGCCCUUAUUGUUGUGAUAAGCAAUGCUUCCGACCUUCAUGGAUAUACAGUCAGGGCAUUGUACAAAGCUUUCCAAACAUCUUCUGAGCAGGAAAGCCUUGUUCGCGUAGCAGUUUGGUGCAUUGGGGAAUACGGUGACAUGUUGAUGAAUAAUGUUGGAAUGCUUGCCAUAGAGGAUCCUGUAACUGUUACGGAGUCUGACAUUGUGGAUGUUGUUGAGAUUGCUUUAAAGCACCAUGCCUUAGACCUCACUACUAAAGCAAUGGCUCUGAUUGCUCUCUUAAAACUUUCUUCCCGUUUCCCAUCUUGUUCUGAAAGGAUCAAGGAUAUAAUUGUUCACCAUAAAGGCAGCCUUGUGCUUGAAUUGCAGCAAAGAUCCCUUGAAUUUAAUUCCAUCAUUGAGAAGCAUCAAAAUAUAAGAUCUACACUGGUCGAAAGGAUGCCAAUUUUGGAUGAGGCUACUUUCACUACAAGGAGGGCUGGUUCUUUGCCAGCAGCUGUUUCAACUUCUGGUGGGGCUUCCCUUAAUCUUCCAAAUGGAGUUGUGAAGCCCUCCACAGCUCCUCUUGUAGAUUUACUUGAUCUUUCAGAUGAUGUUCCAGCAGCACCCGGCUCUUCUGGUGGUGAUUUUCUUCAGGAUCUUCUAGGUGUUGAUUUGUCACCAGCUCCAACACAAUCAGGCACAAACCAGGUUCAAAAAGCUGGCACAGAUGUUCUACUGGAUCUAUUGUCAAUUGGAGUGCCUCCUGUACAAAGCAGCUCAUCUACAACUGACAUUUUAUCACCCAUUCAAAAUGAAAAAUCACCAAUAGCCACAUUAGAUGCACUCUCGUCAUCUUCUUCACCUUCUGCACAAGCAACUUCUUCUGCUAGAGCUGCUCCAAUGAUGGAUUUGUUGGAUGGCUUCGGUCCCAGCCCAUCAAAACCUGAGAAUAAUGGUUCAGUUUAUCCACCUUUCGUGGCAUUUGAGAGCAGCUCUUUGAGAAUAACAUUCAACUUCUCAAAGCAACCAGGAAACCCGCAAACAACAUUAGUCCAGGCAACUUUCACAAACUUGACACCCAAUGUCUUCACCGAUUUUAUAUUUCAGGCAGCAGUUCCAAAGUUUCUUCAACUGCACCUAGACCCAGCUAGCAGCAAUAUUCUUCCUGCAAGUGGUAAUGGAUCCAUUACACAAAAUAUGAGAGUUACUAAUAACCAACACGGGAAGAAAUCCCUCGUGAUGCGCACAAGGAUAUCAUACAAGAUCAACAACAAAGAUACACUGGAGGAAGGACACAUAAACAAUUUCCCGCGUGAGUUGUGAAGUUGGUUGAUCCAGAAAAAUGGUGAUGAUGCCCAUCUAGAGGCGCUUAUUUUUUGUCCAACGAGAAGCUCCUUCUCACCGUUUGUAGUGGUAGUUAAAUCCUUUUUGGUAUUCGUCUAUUUGGAUGAAAUAUGGCUUACAGCAGUUGGCAUUAGAUUUUCCUCGAGUUUGAAAUAUGUCCAUUGUCUCAUACAAUCUUCUCUGUUUUAGGUGAUUUGUGUAAAUUAUACAAAAUAUUUCUGUACGGAAUCGUGAGAAUUGAUUUGAAUUUUGCCAUUGAGGCGCAUACAGAAGGGACUUUGUGAUA